UAAUGUUUACUUCCUGUUUGUAACUACUUGUUCCGGUGGUCUAACUGCAGCACUCCCCUCUCAGGAAGUUAGUGAAUGUUUGCGUCUUUAUUUUUUAAAGUUAAAUAGUUGAAAUGAUGAGUUCAGUGUGAGGAGGCAAAGUAAAUGCACGUCUUAGCUGUAGCGUUAAAGUGUAAGGUUAGCAUUAAGCGAAGUAGAAAGUAGCAGACCUUGGCUAACGUGAAGUUAGCUUAAGCAGCACCAAAAACAGUGGUAACUUCUAUUUUUGUACUUGGCCGAGCUGUACUUAUUUCUGCUCACUUCCUCCUGCUUCAAACGGUUUAUGGACAAAUUGAGUGUCUGACCGUGCUCACUGCUCAAUCGCCGCUUCAGUCGAUGCUAGCCUGCUCAGCUAGCUGACUGCUAACCGACAGUAUCAUCAUCUGAAGCCAAGACAACAAUGAAUAUCCUUCCAAAGAAGAGCUGGCACGUGCGCAACAAAGACAACGUCGCUCGCGUGCGGAGGGACGAGGCCCAAGCAGCAGAGGAGGAGCGCGAGGCCAAGCGGCGUGUGGAGCGCGCCGAGCAAGAGGCACGUACAGAGUAUCUGAGAAGGAAAUCCCGAGCUGCUCUCCAGUCAGAAGGAGGAACCAGGGAUGAUGAUGAUGGUGAUGAUGAGCGGGGCAGAGGAAGUGGAGUUCUGGAGCAUCUUAAUCUUUUUCCCCUGGAGGAGUCUUCAGAGAAGAAGGGGAAUGAGGAGUAUCUCAAAGAAAAGAAAGAUGAAAAGGAGAAGCAGGAACGAGCCAUUGGCUUGCUGGUGUCUCUAGGGCCCCAACCAGGGUCUGAAGUCACUCCGUGGUACAUGAAAACCGGCAAAGAAAAAGAAGAGCUGAAAGAAAAAGAAGAGAGGAAAGAAAAAGAAAAGAGGAAGGGACUAAGUGAAGAGGAGAGAGAGAAGAAAGAUCGCAGAUUGAAAGAUAGUUUAGAUCCACUGAAAGAUAUGAAGAAAGCACUAGCUGUCAAAGAGAGAAAAUACCACAAAAGCAAGAAAUGGGAAAAAAGAGACAAAGGGGAAAAGAGGAGCAGUGGAGAGAGCUCCAUAGAAAGGUUACGUUCUGAACGUUUACAGAGGGAGGCUGAGGAAAGGAGGAGAACCCAGGCCCUGCUCGACCAGCGGAACGGCAAAGGGAAGGAGCCAGGGAAGGAGAUAACCGAGAGGGAGAGGCCGUACAACAGCGCAUACUUCCCGGAACUUGCCCGAAAGCGUCAAAGGCGAGAUCGAGACAGCUGGAGAGAUGAAAUAUUAAAAUCAUGAACUAUCUGUCGUUUGAGGAGUGUCAUCUGUGAUGAGUACUUCGUAAACAAAAUAUUGUGACCAGUGUGUUUCCAAAUGAAGCAAAUGUAAAAACCUCUAAGGAAAAAAAAAAGGUAAAAAUGUGCCCAAGUAGGUUUAGAGCCUCAUUAAGAACUGUACUUAAUCUGGAACCGUAACCUGGUCACGUUAUUGUAAGUAAGUUAAUGAAGGGUCAGCCUGUAGGUUGCUUUUUAUUUAUUUUUGUUCACCCAGGAAGGGACAUUCUUGCAGGAAGGUCAGGUUCAGUUGCAGUUACCCUGCAGCGUUUCACUCAUGAUCACGUCAGCAGGGCAGAUGGCUUGAAGACAGGCUCUCAGCAAAGAAAACUCUCAGUGAACAACUGUUAGACUCAUUUAUAUUGUUGCAACAAUUCAAAGAGAUUCUAAUGUGAUUGAAAAUCAACAGUCUUUCAUUAAAGAAAUUAGACUUUGCAGAGUAGAGCUGAAAUGAUAAGUUCAUUAAUUAAUUAGGAGAUCAACCCUUGCCGACCAAAACUGCCAACCAUUCUGUUUCCAGUUUCUCAGAUGCGUGGAUUUUUCCUUUAUUUGUCAUAUGUUACUUUAAGCUGAAUUUCGAUAAAAUAAACACUUUGAGGAUGUCACCAUGAAA